CACUGGUGGAUUUAGCUUACAAUAAGGGUGUCCCUCCCUCCCUGUGUGAUGUAAGAAAAUGAAGAAAAGACAAGGUACCAUGGUGCAAACAAAGGCGUAGUGGACACAGUGUACAGAUGCAAAUCCCAGGGGCUUCUACUCUCCGGCUGAUUUAGAGCCUUUGAGGAGGAUUACUGGGGAGUCCUGAAGACUGUUGGACUUCGUCGCGGCAGGGGAGACCCUCUGGGAUGAUGGACACCAGAAAAACAAGAUCCUCCACAGGACACCUCCAGAGGUACCUUGACUUCAUCAGAUGUCUCCCAUGUUGAGACGGAGUCUCUGCAUGUUAGAGAUCAGGAGACACAAGCUGAUUUGGAGCGGCUCAGCAACCUAGAGGGUUCGGAAUAUUCAGACCAAGCUGGUACAGCAUUAAAGGAAAUGCAGACAGGGUUUGAAUUUACUGUGCAAAUAGCUCAGUAUAAAGACAACAAGAAGCAGCAGCAGCCUGAGAAGAUGGAUGCUUCCAGAGGUACCCAAACAUCAUCAUACAUCCUAUAUGAUAUGACAGAGGGCUUGGAUGGUAAGAGCCAAGCAGUCCAUUUGGAGAACAGGGCAAAGAGAGAAGCUGAUGCUUUGCAGCCAGAAGAAUUCACCAGCAUGGGUGAGAUCAGCAAUUUGGAGGAACUGGAACAGCCAUGUGGCAGACGCAUCACAGCCACUGAUCUCGAGCUGGAGAAGAUGAGGUGGGAUUCUGCACUGACGAGGCUGAAACACAAACAUGAAGACAAUGAAAAGCAACGGCAGCAUGAGAAGACUAUGGAGCAGAUACGUCAACAGGCAACACCCAGAUCAUUUGGCCAAGGACUCCAUGAUCUACUCCAGCCCCAGAACCAGUACACCUUGUUUCUUUACUGCUUCAUCUUUAUACACCUCAUUUACACAGUGAGGGAGCUGGCGUUCUAUUUUGUUAUAAAACACUACUUGUUUUGCUUUGCCAUUGUGCUCUAUUUCAUUUUCAAGAUAAUUUUCCAGGAUUACAAAAAUAAGAAAAAAUGUUGCUAAGCCAACCGCACAUUUGCUACAGCUGAAACAGAUGCUUAUCUGUCCUGACUUUUUCCCCACUUUUCCUGCUUCCCAUCUCCAUUAUCCCACCUGCGCUUCACCUCGCAUUUCCACUAUCAUUUAUACACAAUGCUAAAAUUGGUGCAAGUUUCACUUACUCCUU